GGAAGUUUCUCAGCGGAUACGGUUCCUGUACUUUUUGUAUCACUGCCUAGGACGCUAAAACUAGCCUGCAGAAAAAUGUAACUGGUGUUAUACCGGUUAUUACCAUGGCGCGGCACUUCGGCCGUAUUUUCGGUGAUUCACCUAGAAGCAGAGCUCUUAUUCUGUUAGUAAAAUCUUAAGAAAAGCAAGUGUGCAUAGGCUGCAGUGCCCUCGAUUAAUGUGACAGGCACUGCGAUUCAAUGGACAUCGCAGUAGACAUCGUUGAAUUCAGGGUGCCAGUUGAAAACAACAAAACUAUUUUUAUCUGGGACAUACAAGCAUCGUUUUCGGAAGCGUAUAUUUAUGAGGCGCUAUGGAGUGUGUACUCAGCAUUUGGAGCUCUCUACCUGGUGAAGGUGUGUCCCAAUGCUGCAGUGGCUGUGCCGGGUUUUUAUGCAAUGGUCAAGUUUUACUCCUUUGCCCACGCAUCAAAAGCCCAGAAAGCCACUGACAAACAGUGUCUCUUCCAGAACUCUCCCCUCAAAGUGAGGUUGAGCACAAAACAAAACCCAACCUUCCUAUCUGGAUCCCAAUCUCUCAGUCAUGCUAAGUGCCAAGACUUGGCUAAUCACUACUUGGGCUUCAAUGGCUGGUCAACUCGCAUUAUUACUCUAAAGGACAUCUCAAAGUGUGCGGAUGUCGGCUGGAGCUUUGACUCAGCCAGUCAGGGAGAGCUGUUGAAAUACGGCUGCAUUGUGGAACUGACUAUCCCCCAGCAUGGAGUGACAUGUCGCGGGGUUGGUGUCGCUGAAGAUGUUGUAGAUCUGGAGAAAGGGCCAGAAGACAAACUCUGGAAAAUUAGCAAGCUAAAGAAAUGGGCCAAAGACAAGGCAGUAGUUGGAGCCUUUGAGAAAGUCUUACUUAUAGUUUUUGGCAACGGAAAAGUAGCAGUGGAAUGUAGAUUUGACAGAGAGGAAGUUCUGCCAGAUGACAAUGUCAAGGGAGCCAUUCAGGUGAAUGACAUCUCCUGGAGUGAAUUUGAACCUGAUGGUGGAGAGGAGGAAGAUUUGCCCUGGGACUUCAGUAUGGACCUCUCCCAUUAGCCUUCAGCUACUAUAGUUCCAGUUGUGCUUUAGGUUAAAUCUACGCUCUUCACCUUCUCCCAGAGGAAGAGCAUCAUGGACCAAAUAUGAACCACUACAAGAGUAGCUGGACAAUCAGUGUAUUUGAUUUCUUUACAUUUCUUUAGGUGAGCAGUAAACCAAAAUCUUUCAGUUUGUUGUGUCCUUUUAGAGACAUCUGUAAAAAAUCCUCAGUAACUGACUGACAAAUAUAUUUGUUGUAAAUUUUAGUGAACUCAGUUUGGUAGAGGCAGCCCACUAUUCCUGAUAAGUACCAGCAGGUGUCAGUCUUUACCAUUUCAUGGAAACUAUAUCUUAUUUUUCAUCUGUACCUCAUUUAUCUUCAAAUAAAUGGUGCAGGUAAUA